UUUUCAGGGUAAAGGGGAAUAUCAAAAGAAAACACAUUUUGUCUUUCUGAACAUGCUUGGUUUUCCACCUUUAUCUAUACCAUUUCAUCCGGGCUGUAUUCUUCACCAAUUGAAAGAUCAAUCAUGCAGACUAGCAAGAUCAUCCAUCUUCUAAAACCUCUCCUUUUCAUGCUCAAUUUAUUCUUCACUACUUCUUCUUCUAUAGCUCAAGAUGGUCGUCCGACAAGCUUUUGCGGCAAAAUCCGAAUCCAAGCACCCUUUUUGAAUCCAAGUUCAAAUGAGUCAUCAUCUCUAUUACACCGCAUGAUCCAAUGCAAAUCCCAGAAGCUUUACUUUAGAACCUCUCUUGGUCUUUUUCCUGUCUCUUCCAUCAAUUACGCCAGAAAGUUCCUAACAAUCUCUCACCGUCGAUCCUGUUCUUCUUCACUCCACUAUGUCUCUCCUCUGCUUCUCUCAGCUGGUUUUCCUUCUCCUCCACUGCCCAACUCACUUCUUCUCUUCAACUGCUCAAACAAAAGGCAUCCCAUAUCACCCUUUGUCGGAAACUGCUCUCUCUUCCAUGCAUGUGGAGCUUUUUCUUCUGAAGUUCAAGAACAGCAAGAACAACCGAAAGUUUCUCCUUCAUGCUUACUUGUUGAUGAUCUUGAAAGGGUCGGCGUGGGUUUUGAUCCAAAACAUUUAAAUUGCUCACAUUACAGCCACAUACACAGAUCUUUGGCUGAUGAUCAUCACAGCUAUGAAGGGUAUGAGCUGGGGACAAGGAUUUCCUUUGACGUGCCUGAUCACGUGCCAAAUCCCUGUGAUGAGUGUGAGAAGCCCAACGGAAAUUGCGGAGUUGGAUUGAGGUGCAUGUGCCACCCAAAAGAGUGUAAAAAUAAGGUCAUUUCUGUGGGCGGAUCCAUGGACCCCUUUGGAAAACUCUCCAGAGAGGAGCCGGAGGGGGUAGAAUCCGUCGUACGUGUCGCCGGCGGAACGAUUUGGGGAGUCUCAGUUUUACCAUUUUCUAGUUCCAGAUCUGUUCUGUUCCGCCAAUCUCUAGUCGACACGCGCCUCCCAGCCUUGCUUACCGUCGUCCUCCGGUUCUGCCGCUGCUUGCUACGGCUGGAAAGCUCUCCGUUGCCCGACGCAUGGUCAUCACGCGCUAGGGGGUUUGUCACUCCUUGGGCCGCGUGUGAUGACCACGUUUUCGCCUCUGUUGCCGUGCUUGAUGGCGUUCGGCGGAUUUGGGUUCGGUUGCUGCAGGGGAUAUGCCGGCGGCGGCGCGUGUGGUACACGCACCGUCUCCGGCGGUGCAUUAUUCCGACGACAGCUCUUUUUUGGGUGUCUUCUUGUUCUUGAUUACAGAUUGUAUUUGAUAGGUUGCUCUGUGUUAGAUUUAGCUUGGUCUUUGCUUUUUAGCACAGAUUUGUGACCGACUCCAUAGUGCAAGUAGAGGUUCUUAUGUCAACGCAGAGGCACAUUUCUGUUGACUAGGUUUAUUUGUAGCAACUAUCGGUAUAAUCUGAUAUUUGGGGUAACUGUAAUGGGACAUUUGUAUCGUUAUGAGU